CGUGGUGCCGUGCAGCUUGGCAGCGUACAAGUGGGACUCGAGCUGCCAGCGCAGCCACAGCCAGGUUGCGGUGGCACGCGGCCGCAGGCGCCUGCGCAGAAUGAUGGGGAUGCCGCUGGUGCUGAUGGCCACGCUGCUCGUCGCGUCAUCGAGUCGACGGACUUCGAUUUGCAUGAGAGCAGGCGCGUUGCCGAAGCGUUGGGCGGGCACCGUUGAGGGCUCCGAGACGCACGUUGCUGAAAGGCGGCGGCAAGCCUCGCCACUGGGCCAGUGCAGGCCCCUCCGAGGAGGCUCGGCAGCACGAGGGCGUGACCCCCAGGGAAGCCUCGACGACGCUCUGGGGUCGUCGCAGGCGCGGCGGUUCUGCCGAGCUCUCCCUUGCAACGGCCCGGCAGAGCGCCCCUGGGGCUGUCCGAGCAGCAUCGCUGCGCUGCUGCAACAAGCAGCGUGGCGUGGCCAGAAGCCUUACAGGAUUGCCGUGCUGCCUGUCGUGGAAGGAGGACGAGCGGCCAGCUCAAGAAACGCUCGGCGCCUGCGCGUAGGUCUCUUGGGUCGAGCUGCGCGCCAAAAGCACGCGCAGGCAGUUUGCUCACGGAAGAAGCGCAACCUCACACGAUGCCGGUCGUGGGAGGCGAGCGGGUGA